CUCCACACUAGCCCAGUAGCCUUUGACCUAGCCGCCACCUCUGCCUCUCUGCGCGGCUGCCCUCACAUUCCAGUAAAAGGGCUGAAACCUGAGCCCGUGGUGAGCUCAUCGCCCGGGCCACGGAAUCAAGAGUUAAAUGAUACCAAAAAACAGAGAGAGAAGAGAAAACGGAGAGAGGGGAAGGAAGGGGGGAGAGAGGCAGGCAGGACAGGUCUGGAACUGGUUCUGUGUGUCUGCUCGCCGGAGCUCCUCGGGGGUUAAGUUACAGCAGAGAAAGCGAGGAGGAAGAGGAAGAAGAAACUGCUGGCGUCUUUGAAUUCUCUCUGCCUUUGUCUGUCUCCUUUCCCUCCUCACGCUGCCUCUCAGUGGCCUGACUGACUGCUGCCUGCAGUUUCCUCUUGACACACUCCAGCGAGCCCGCCGACGCUCCAUCCGCGCUUUCAAGUUAACGAGCCCCGUCGGUCUGGUCCUUGUGUCUGGGAGCCGGGCCGGGAUGUGAGUGUAAUGCCGUGAGGUCGCGCUCUCGGCUCUUCCUGUGUCUCUGUUGUUCUCUGACCCUGCCAUGACCACCGAGCGCCCAGAGACGGUCUCUGGAUCCAAAUGUCACCCCCCUUGGACUCUGCCCUGGUCGGGGACCAGCAGUGUGUGACAGACAGGCGAGUGGAGCCUGGGGUGGCUCUCUACUGUGUGGCUUCAAAUUGGCCCUGGCUGAGCCCUGCAUGGAGCAACGAGUGAAGAGUCCUGCUAUGGUCUGAUGUCUCAGCAUGGAUGGAGUCAGUCAGAGGACUGGCCACCACUAAUGAGACCAUCGCUCUUCAGCUGAGGACUAGCAUUUACAGGAUUACUCCCACGGUUUCCUGCUCUUUUCCCAGCUAACUGCAUCAUUACCAAACUCCCCUAGUUGGACUUUUCGUGGGGCUGGUUUUCAGUGGAUAUAUCAUUGCCUUUCUGAUUUUCAUUUUUGUUUAAUUACCUCACGGUUCUUUUUUAUUGUUGGUUUCCCUUUUCCUGUUUUGUUUUUCCACUAUGGAGUUUCUGGCUGGACCUUGGAAUAAAGAUUGGGCUUCAUUCUUGCAAUUUUGGUUGACUGUCAUUCUAAGCCUCCAAAUGCAAUUCAGCCCGGGCGCAUCUUGCCCGGAAGAGUGUCGUUGUGACAUGCCGUUUGUGUACUGCAAUGAACGCAGCCUGACGUCAGUGCCUCUGGGGAUAAAGGACGGCUUCAAGGUCCUCUUCCUACAUAACAACCAGAUAAACAAUGCUGGCUUCCCUUUGGAACUUCACAAUGUGGCCACUGUGGAGACCGUGUAUCUCUACGGCAACCAGCUGGACGAGUUUCCCAUCAAUCUGCCCAAAAACACCAAGAUCCUGCAUCUUCAGGAGAACAAUAUCCAGACGAUCUCCAGGGCAGCCCUGGCCCAGUUGACGAAACUAGAGGAGCUGCACCUUGAUGAUAACUCAAUCUCCACAGUGGGGGUAGAAGAAGGGGCCUUUAGGGAGGCAAUAAGCCUCAAACUCCUCUUCCUCACCAAGAACCACUUAAGCAGCGUUCCCAUCGGGCUUCCCGAGGACCUGAAAGAGCUGCGGUUGGACGAGAACCGCAUUGCUCACAUUGCAGAGGAGGCCUUUCAGAAUGUGACACGCCUGCAGCGCCUCCUGCUGGACGGGAACCUGCUGACGGAUGAGGGCAUUGCGCCAGGUACCUUCCAGGAACUGGCCACCCUCCGUGAGCUGGCCCUGGCCCGCAAUUCACUCACCUUCCCCCCUCCACUGCUACCCAGCCAGUCACUGGUCAAACUCAGCUUGCAGGAGAACCAGAUUGACCAGAUCCCUGUGGCAGCCUUCGCUGAGCUCAACAGGCUGGAAAAACUGGAUGUCUCCACCAACCAGCUUCAGACUCUUACACAGGGUGUGUUCGAUGGCCUGUCGAGCCUGAAGCAUCUCAUGGUGCGAAAUAACCCCUGGCGUUGUGACUGUUCUGUGAAAUGGGUGGUGGUGUGGCUCAAGUCUUUGCCCUCAUCCAUCAAUGCCAGAGGCUUCGUGUGCCUGAGCCCAGACAAGGUGCGUGGCAUGGCAAUCAGAGAACUCACGCUGGAUAUUAUAGAGUGCCCAGUUGAUGCUGACCAACCGCCCUGGCCCACCCUCCGCUCCACACCUCCUCCCCCACCCACAACCACCCCUAUCACCACCAUGAUUUCCACCCUCAUCACCACAUCCAUCCCUUACUACUUUGACUCACCUUCCCCUCCCUUACCCCCAAUCCAUAACAACCCUCCUGGGCCCCUUCCUCCGUAUGAGGACCCCCUUCAGAUCUCCUUCCAUGUGGUCAACUCUACCAGUAUCGAGGUGAGCUGGGCUUCCUAUUUCACCGUCACAGCCUACAAGGUCACUUGGGUCAAAAGGGGCCAAAGCCAAAUAAACGAAGGAAUGCAGGAGAGGACGGUGAGCGGAGACCGGCGGCACAUUAGCCUCACGCACCUGGAGCCUCGGUCCGUGUAUCGGAUCUGCGUGCACGUGCUGGACACCCUAAACUCCUACAGACCCGGAGAGGAUACUAUAUGCAAUGAGGCCAGGACCAAGGCUGUUGCAUCUACUAAGCCUCCGGGAAGAGAGCAAGCUCCUCAGGAGAGCAUCAACUCCACGCUGCUAAUGGCUGGGAUCAUAGGCGGGGCAGUGCUAAUCAUUCUGGUAACGCUGCUCAGCCUGUUCUGUUGGCACAUGCACAGGAAGAGUCGGUCGUCUUCGACCAAGUGGAAAUACAACCGGGGCAGGAGAAAAGACGACUAUGGCGAGGCUGGAACCAAGAAGGAUAACUCCAUUCUGGAGAUGACUGAGACCAGUUUCCAGAUAGUGGCGCUGAACAAUGAGCAGCUGCUCAAGGGAGAUUUCCGCAUUCAGCCUAUCUACACGCCCAACGGGGGCAUUGGAUUUAGAGACUGUCACCUCAGUAACAACAGCAUAGCCUACUGCAAGAGCAGCAACGUGCCCAGUACAGAGUUCUGCCACACGUGAUGCAGCAGCAAAUAGUACAGCGGCAUUCACACACACAUACCAGAAACACUUAUUACAUGCAUAAAUACACACACAUAUUUGUGAAGACAACAAAAAACAUAAAAAUUCUAGUGAAAUAUAACUGUACUAUAUAUAUUUCCAAGUUCUGUCUACAAUGUAAUUUAUACUGUGGAUAAUAAUGUGGGAUUCUCUGCUAUCUUUUUUAUUCUUAGAAAAAGAGAUACAAGUGUUUCUUUUUUUAUAACCAGCAGGGUUUUGAAAGUUGUUUUAAUGGUCAGUACUGUACAUGAACAUGGAUUUGUACAAUCACGGCACCCUGGGUGUAGCUUCUGUCCGCCUUGGAAAUGUUGGGGCGCUUAGAGGGCUGGGAUCCUUUGCUAACCACAGAAGCAAAAAUAUGGCCUUUUUGCUCUUUGAAACACUGCAAACCCUCCCCGGUACAACAGAACAGUAGUAAAGACAACACAGCACAGGGGAAAUCCAAACACUGCUGAUUAGAGCGCUGUGGAAAUAUAGCACUGGUUCAAUACUGGUAUGUUGUAAAAAAGAACUGAAGUGCACUUUCUUAUUAAUGGAAGCGAGGCAGGAAAUGAGCAGAGGUGGUGAUCACAUGGAAGGGAUUGUGGACGUGGUGUAGGGAGAAUGUCAUCGCUGCUGUUGAAAGCGAGAUUUCCCAAAAGUGCCUUAAUAAUAAAAGCAUCUUUGUUCUACUGGUUUAAAGUGGAACAAAGGUGGGCUAAGACACUUUUUGGAAAACUCUGAAUAAGGAUGUGUCAUUUUCAGCACAUUUGUUAUGGGUUUUUUUGUAUAUUUUUUUUAGAAAGGAGGUGCAGUUAUUAACAUGAAUUUAAAAAGGAACAAAGGAUUACUGUCCCUAAUGAGGUGCAUGGAUGUGCUGAGACUCGCAGAUCCUUUUGAAGAAAUUCCCUAAUUUGUUCUGCUUCUUUUUUUCCCUGUUUUGGCAAGUGAGGCCACAAGGGGGCAGUUUCCCUCAGCGUCGUGUGUGGGACACAGAGAGGGCAAGACAGACAGAGAGAAGAAAAAAAAAAAGCUGCAUAGAUCACUUUACCUCCACCAUUCCCCUCGAGUCCAUUACCCAGACGACAUUACUCAUGCUCAAACAGCAUUGUUUAGAGUAUUAUUGCUCAUCGAGCAACUUAAUGAUGUGGAAUCAUUUAAAACUAACAGUGUUUUCUAUGUUUGGUGGCUAAAUGAUAUGGAUUUUCACCACUGCGGUCUGUAAUGAGGGGAGGGGGGGGACCUGUGUUUCUCUUUGUGUGUGUGUGUGUGUGGAGAGCGUGAUGAGUUUUGAGAAAGCACACACAUAAUUAUACACCCACUUAUUUCAACCUUGUCCCAGUGUUCAUUAGGCUUCUUGAUAAAUUAGGAAAUUACAACAAUAAGAUGGCGCUCCGCCCAUGAUCCUCACAAUGCUGCACAGUUGUGACUGAGCAGCUCAUCUAGCGUCUCAUCAUUUACCCUUUUGUCCACGUUUAUGAGACUUAAUUUAUGGUUUGCUCACCUCAACAAUGCACCUGCUCACUUCACACCAUUAGUUUCCACAAUGAUGAUCCUCACCGUAUCUACCCUCAUUUUCUGUCUUCCUCUCCCUGUCUGUCUCACUGUCUGUCUCUGCAUGGGCUCAAUUAAAACACUUUCCCUGCCCUUCAGCUCUCAGGCUGUGGUGGCAGCUCUUUGCAUGUGAGGUGCUAGUGAGAGGUCUUCAUUAUGCACUUCUUAAGAAGACUUUAUUUGAUUUGACAAGAUUUUAUUCGGAGGGGCCAAGCUUAAAGAAUUCCCACCGCCGACCCCUCCGCCGACCCCCCUUUCCUCAUAAUCCUCGACCAAAAAAGGGAGAAAAAUAUGUAGACCUUAUUUUCACUUGGCUGCAUGGAGCUCACGCUGGGAGAGAGUGUGUGUUAACUCUUUGUGAGGUGCACAGAUUGAGCUGCUCUAACAUACACGGUGGAGAAUGGAUGCAAACUAGGCUGAGCAUUUUAAGUGAAAUGAUUUUUAAGGGCUUGUACUCGAGUUAUUCCAGAGUGUCGAGAUUAUCUCUGAGAGGAUUUAUCUCAGCAGUCGGGACAUCUUAAAAGUAGCUGCACUUACUGUAAUUCCAGCAAUCACAUGGACUUUAAUUUAAGGUGAUGCACAGCCCCGGUGUUGAGAAUCUGUUCAACCAAGACAACGCAUUAAAAAUCACAAUGAAUGAAAUCUGUCUUAACGCGUCAUUUAGUGUCAUGUUAUUAUCUUGUUUUUAAUAAGACAGCUGAACUAUUUUUGACCCAUUUCUUUGAUAUCCUUUUUUUAGAGGCAAAUGGAAAUUUAAAAAUCUCUGAUCGAGAAAACAUUUAAUAUAUUUCAAAAGUUCAAUUUUGGAAAACAUUUUUUCACUUUCUUGCUUUGAGUUAUUUGAAGAGGUUUAUACCACUCUCAUGUCUGGAACAAACGUCAACCUUCAGUCACAGUUUUGAACAUGGUUCAAUCAAAAGUUUGUUUUAGGUUUAGGCUACAAAAAUGCUUGGGUUAAGUUAAGGAAGCAAAACUACAUGUUAAGAUAAUAGCUACUGCUACAGAAGUAGACAUGUUAAUUACGUAGGUGACGUAAAAACGUAACAAAGCUACACACAGAAGUUCAAAUGCAUAUCUAACUUAUGAUGUUGACAUUCUGUUUUACUGGGGGACAUGAACAUCAAACUCUUGUCAUUCUUUAUACCCCAUAUACUUGGUUUCCAUCCUAAUUACUACCACUAGAGGUUGCUGUCUAACAAUAAACGUAAAAUAACAAACGUCAUUUUCUGGGGCAGCACAGUCUCCCAUUUGCGUGAGUUAGGCAGAGUCAGGCACUGCCAAGAUGGCACUUUCGGCUGGUUAGCUUAGCUUAGCAUGAAGACUGAAAACUGGUAAACGGGUAGUCUGACUCGAACCAAAAUGUCACUUUUACAUUUUAUCUUGUUUGUUUCAUCUGUGCUAAACAACAAAUUAUGUUAAAUAGUGAGUUUUGGAGGUGUUUGUUGGUGGAUUUUGUUAGUCCAGCUAGCUGUUUGCACCUGUCUCAAGUCUUAAAGCUAAGCUAAGCUAAGCUAACCUGCUGCUGACUGCUGUUGUGGACUUAUUUAGCAUACAGACAUUAAGACGGGUAUUAUCUUCUUAUUAUGUUAUCAUCUAACUCUUGGCAAGAAAGUAAAUAAUAUAAUAACAUGUCAAACCAUUGCUUUGAAUAAAAAAUUGUAAAUUAAAUUGAGUUACAUAGCAACCGACUAAAUGAUUGUAAUUCUCCUGGCAGAUGAUGUACACUUGUUGGAAGCAAAAUGAGAUUUUAACACUUGGGUUCAUGACGUGUUUAGAUGGAUAUUCUUUUCAUAUUCGGUUUAUUGAUACUUCUGUGGUUAUCAAAGCAUCUCCUCUUUUUAUUUCAACCUUUUUCUACUAAUAUCCACAGCUGACCAUAACCCACACUUGAACAUUUACAUCUAAUAUUGUUUAUUAUCCUUUGGUAUAGAUUAAAGCCCUAUUUUAUGUCACAUGGUGAUCAAACACGUGGGGGGGUCAAACUGUUGCAACAUAUAGUAUCUCCCUUGUCUGUGAAUGUGUAACGGAGACAGAUAUUUGCCUUACCAUUUAUGCAGGACUGAAUGAUUACCUAGAGAGACAGAGCGUUAAGUGGGAGGAGGAAAAGAUGAGACAUAAAAAGACGGCAACAAGAAAAGAAAGCACAUUUUCUCAAACAUUUUGCAGCCACGGCGGGGGCAACAACAACAGUAUUAACAAGAACAACAAUAAGCACGACACACAGUAGCUAACAAGAGACUGUUCAUCCACAGUGCCAGACCUUAAGUGGUGCGUGGCUAAUGAUUCAACCAGACGGGGAAGGAGCAUUGGUGGCUUAUUUGCAGCGUACAUUACUCUUAAUUUUCUACUUGCUUGAUGAAAGAACGCGGCUGCGAGGCCGUGACCAAUGGAAUUACACAAAAUAUACUGCAGACUGCUAGCGUCAGAUUAUGACUCUUUCAGGGUGCCGAGAAGUAAUUUCCCUUAAACUCAUUGAAUCAUGUUGAAAUAAUUAUGUUUAAUCUCAAGAGGUCAAUUCAGAAAACACACAAGUGGUUGAAUUAAAGUCAUCUUUUCUUCCUGCAGGCGACACCGUCACUGCAAAUAUCUAUUAGCCAGUAACAUUCAUUCAAGGAUAUUUGCAUGUACUGUAUUUAGCUUCAUAGCCUUUCAUUUGUUUUAUCAUGCUGAGUUUUGGACUUUCUUUUGUUUUCAAGCAAUCACCCAGUGGUGGUUGAGGUACAGUAUGAAUAACCAUACAGGAAUAUUUAGUGACAGAAGGCUGGAAACUUACAGUGCAUGUAAAACGGCUGUGUUGGGAUGCCAUCUCAUCAAGACGCUGCAGUGUUACGUUAGCCAUCCACACCAAGUUUUCUUAGGAACCAAAGUUAAAAUUUAUGUUCUCAUGAUGAAAUAUUGAUGUUGUUCCAUGUAUGUGCCUUGAGGUUGAACUUACAAUGUAAAGUCCUUGAAACCUUUAAAUGUUUUUGCACAAACUGUAAAUACUUAAGUGAAGCUUUUUGAAAAUAAAAGAGCCAUUGGA